AUGGUGAGGCAAGGCAACAACGCCGAGCGGCAGAUGUCGAUUUCCGGGAAAGAGAGGACUGCAAAUGCUGAAGCGAUGCGACGGCGUCGAGAAACAGAGUAUCGAGGAAUGGAAAGAGUUGCAGAUGCUGAGGCAAGGCAACAACGGCGCGCGGCAGAUGUCGAUUUCCGGGAAAGAGAGAGGGCUGCAAAUGCUGAAGCGAUGCGACAGCGUCGAGAAAAAGACUAUCGAGAGCUGGAAAGAUUUACAAAUGCUGAGGCAAGGCAGCAACGACGUGCAGCGGACUUCGAAUUCCGGGAAAGAGAAAGGACUGCGAACGCGGAAGCUAUGCGACAACCGGCAGAGACGCAGUGGCCCGAACUUCUGCAAAUUCUGAAACGGGUUGUUGAUCACCAAAGCAUUAAUGCAGCGGAAGCGCUUGCACUACCAUAUGCUGAGAAAUCGAGGCUGAUUCAGUUGGAUCCAGUUACCUGUGCUCGAUACUUCAAUUACAGUGUUCAGAGCAAGUGA